AUGUCCGCUGGAGGAGAACUCGUCCGAGUGGAUUUUGACGAGGAAACAGCGAUGAUGAGUAAGCGAAGAUUGGAAGCGGAACGAUUGGAAGAAAAGUUGAAACACAUCAACGACAACGUCACGUACGAAUCGAAAAACGUGCAAGGAUCGACCGCCGGGGCGGGUUCCGGAGCGUUCCACGAAUACAGACACUCGCGUAGGCGAGAAUACGAACGGCUGGAAAAAAUGGACGAGGAAGAGGAAGAGAGAGACGUGAAGGCGAAGUUUGAACGGAGGAAACGAGAGAGAGAAGAGAAGGAGAGGAAAGCGGUCGAGAGGAAAAGAGAGAAACGGAAUGCGAAGAAGAUGAAGAUGAAGAUGAAGAUGAAGAUGAAAAAGGAGGGUGGUGAUGGUGGUGGUAAUGAUGAUGACGGUGACGAGGAUGAAGGCGACGUGGGAGGAAAAGCAGAGGCAGCCUUGGCGGCGACGGCGGCGGUAAAAGUUGUAGCGACGAAAGCGGAAGGAGGAGGAGGAGGAGAAAUAGAGGAUGCAGACGCCGCCGAUGCGGGAUUAGACUAG